AUGGAACCUAGACUUCCUCAAUAUACUUAAUUUUUUAUUACAAUUAAUAGUUUAGUGAAUGAAAAAGUAAUCAAUAAACAACAAAAAAUUGAAUUAGAAUAAAGCAUAUUAAGAAAAGAAAAAAGCAUUAUGGAGAUUGUUAGCAAAUUUGGAAACAAAGAUAUGUAAAAUUAAUAAAGAGUAUGAAUAAUAGGGAAUAAUAAUUACGUGAAUAGUUAGUUUAAUAUGCAAAUCAUAAAUAAAAAGAUGUCUUUGUACCUCAUAUCAAAAAUUUAGAAAAAAAUAAAAGUAACAAGUUUAGUGUUAGUGCUCGUUAAAUUUCAUUUUAACAAGAAGACCCAAUAGUUGAGAGUAAAUAAGAAGUAUUAUUAUAAUUAAAGUAAAGUCAUUAUCUCCAUUUAUUUUGCAAUUGAUUGAAUAACUUGACACAAUGUUAUCAAUACAUAUGACUAAUGGUGGAAAAUUCAUUUAAACAGAUGUUGAGAAAUUAACAUAGAUAAGAGAUUAAAUUAAUAAUUAUUUAGGGAUUCAAUAUGAAUAGGAAUUAGACAAUGAAUCACCUGUAAGAUGUAGAAAUAUUAGUGUUUGUGGUAGAGUAAUAUCAGAGUAAUAGGAUGAUAAAUCAGAUUUAGUAGAUACUAGUGUUCAAUUAAAAAGUAAAUAUCAUUUACAAAUAAUUGAUUAAAUUAAAUAAACUUAUGUUUAAUUAAAAGUAUUAACGUAAUUAUAAUUUUAGAGUUUAUUUUUGGGAAGUUUACGUACCCAUUAUUUGUUAAUGUAGGAAGAAUUAUCAUAUAAUAAUUUAGUGAAUGUAGUUAAAUCAAUAAUUAAAGAAUUGACUGAUUCAGAUGAAAUUUACUUUUUGAUAAAAAGAAAUGAAGAAUGGGAUUUUUAUUCAACAGAGAAGGAUUCAAUAAAAUAGAUAGAGAAGAAUAAAUAAUAGAUAUUUUUCUUAAAUUUUUCACAUUUGAAACCUAAUAUAGUUUAUAACUUUUAAAAUAAUGAGAAUUAAACAAAGUAAUUAGAGUUAGUGUUGGAUUUGAAUUCUUAAUUUACUGAGUUAUCAAUAAUAAGAUUUAUAAAUUAGAAUAAAUAGGAGACAUUUUUCUUUUUUUAUUGGAAUAAACCUGGAAGAAAUAGAUUGUUAAGAAGAUUUAUAAAGUAUAGUAUUAAAUUAAUAAAAAAAGUGAAGCAAAUGAAUAUGGAUUUAAAGAUGAAGUAUUAUCUUUAACAAAUUUUUUGAUUGAUGUAAUAUUAUAAGCAAGGGUAUAAUAUUUUAAUCCAGUGUAAUUUGCAGAUUAAAUUUUGGAUAUAGCUUUAAGUUUUGUAGAAUCAUCAUAAUAUAUUUUGAUAGAUGAGAUGUUUAGAUCUUUGACUCCUCAUUUUAAAAUAAAAAAAGAUUAUGCAUUUUCAGAGGAUGGGAGAUAGAAGGUAGAAAUAGAUAAUUCAGUAAGAAUAGAGAUGGGAUGUAGAAAUCCAAUAGCAUUGAUUUUGGAGGAAUUUUAUCUAAAUAGAUAGGAUCAUUUAUAUAUAUAUACAGAGAUAUUGAAUUUGAAAUGUAAAUAUUAGAGACAUUUAAGAUUGUGUCAUGAGAAAACAGCAUAUUAUAAAUAUUUUUUAAGGUCUUCAGAUACAAUUUUAUUUGAUUUUGAUAAAAAUGGUAGACUUUUGUUUUUGAAUCAUUAUAUAUGGGAAACUUUGAAAUAGAAAUAUAAUAUAGUAUUUUCACCAGAUAAAAGGAGUCCAAAUUAUAAGGAAUUGUUUACAGAUGAAAGGAUUUUAAAGUAUAUAGAUUUGGAUGAAUUUAUGAUGAAGAAGAAAAAUGAAUAUAUUUAACAUGAAGAUUUUGAGAUAUUUUUAAAAGUGGUUGAUUAAGUGUAUAAAGGAUUUGUGAUAAUAUUCCAUUUAUAGGAAGGUUCAAGAAUGAAAGAUUACAUAAAGAAUUUGAAAAAUGAAGAUUAAUUAGAGGAUGAAAUAAAGUAAUCAAUAUAGAGAUCAUAUAAUAAACAUUAAACAUUUAAAUUUAUAUCUUAAUUAUAAAAGUCAAAUCCAAGUGUAAAGAAUUCUUAUAUUUCAUUAUUUAUACCAGAAGAGUAAUCAUUAGAUAAUUAGGAUUAAUAAUAAUAGUCAAAUAGUUGUUUAUAAGUAAAUAAAAAUAGAAAGCCUAGAUUGAGUAUUUAGAUGUUAGGGAAAACAAUACGAGCAUUUAAUUAUUAAGGAUCAAAAUAGAGAAUAAAAUCGAUAGAAUCAGCAUUGGAAAUAGAUGAAGAUGAUGAUUUGGAUACAUUGUAUGAGGAUUAGACAAUAGAUAAAUUUGAAUUUAAUAUUUUUUAAGUAAUAAUAUAAGAUUUAUAGAUGAAUAGUAUAAGGAUAACAUGAAAGCUAAACUAGUAUAUCAUAUAAUAAAAAAGAAUGAUUGGAUUGAUAAUUAUGAUAUGAAUGAAGAUGUUUUGAUGAAAUUUAUAAAAGAAGUAGAGAGGAAAUAUAAUAAGAGGAAGAAUCCUUUUCACAAUUUUGAUCAUGGUAUAACUGUAAUGCAUAGUUGUCAUUUAUUAUGUUGUUUACCAAGAACGCAUUAAUAUUUAAAUGAGAUUGUACAUUUUGCAACUGUUAUUUCAGGAUUGUGUCAUGAUAUAUCACAUACAGGAAGAACUAAUCAAUUUGAAAUCAAUAGUAAAAGUAAAUUAGCUACAAGAUACUUGGAUAAGAGUGUAAUUAAUAUUCUUAAAUAUAAAUAGCCUUUAGAGAAUCAUCAUGCAGCAGUAACAUUAAGAUUGUUGAAUUAGGAUAAAUAUAAUAUAUUAUAAGGAUUAAGUGUUGAAGAUUUAGCUACAUUUAGAUAGACCUUAAUUGAAAAUAUAUUAUUUACAGAUAUUAAACAACAUUUUGGAUUAAUUAAAGAUUUUGAAUAGAGAGUUAAAGAGAGUAAAGAAAGUUAAGAUAAAAUAUUUGGUAAAGUAGAUGGUGAUGUUAAAUUGUUUACAGGAAUGAUUGUUCACACUUCAGAUUUUAGUGGAGCUGCUAAAAUAUUUGAAUUAUCUAAAACAUGGACAGAUAAAGUAAAUAUGGAAUUUAAAGCAUAAUUUGAUGAAGAAGGAACUCGUAAGAUUACUUAAACACCGUUUAUGAAAGAUUUAGAUAAAUAAGAAAUAAUGGCAAAGAAUGAAAUGGGAUUUUUUAAAGUUAUUGUAAGACCGUUAUGGGCUAGUUUGAAUGAAUUUUUUGUACUUUAAUAUUAUUAUAUAUUUAUAGGAUAAACAACUAUAAGAUAUUAUUGAUAAUGUAGAGAAUACAAUUAUUGAAUGGGAAAAGAUUUAUCAUACUUAUAAUGAAUAAGAAAAUCAAAGAGCAUGA